GAGCUGGGGGCGCUGCGGUGCUCGCUCAGCGCCGCCGCCGGGAAGGUUAUGGCGGAGGGGCUGGGAGCCGGGGGCACCUUCGGCCGCCCCACGCCGCCGCCGCAGACGGGCUGGGAGCGGCUCAGCGAGCUGUGGCGGCGCGACGAGUUACAGCGGUACCCGGAGGAGACGAUCAACAUCAUCAAGUCGGCGUUCACCGGGGGCCUGGUCGGCUGGCUGUACGGCGGCCUGCCCGCCUUCCGCCAGGCGAGGAGGGCCUUCAUCGAGGGCAGCCAGGGAGACGUGUUCCACAACCGCGCCGAUGCGGUGCAAUCUGCGCACCGUGCCGGGCUCAGGGGCUUCAUCCGCUACGGCUGGCGCUGGAGCUGGAGGGUGGCCACCUUCGUGGCCAUAUUCAACAUGGUGAGCACCGGUCUGUCCGUGUACCGCGAUAAAACCACCAUCAGUAAUUUUGCUUCAGCAGGAGCCUUCACAGGAGCUCUCUUCAGAAUGCACUUGGGCCUGCCUGGGCUGGCAGGCGGCUUCCUGUUCGGAGCAGCCUUUGGGAUCCCUGCAGGGGGCCUCGUAAUGAUUGCACAGAAACUUACCGGUGAGACAUUGCAGGAGAAGCGAAAUCGUGAGCGCAGGGAGCAGUAUGAGCAGAAAUUAGCAGAGUGGCAAGCCAGGCUUAGUGUGACUGAAGACUUGGGCAGAAUGGAAAGCGAUGGCCUGGGACAAUCACAGACAGAAAAUAGCAAAAGAAUAUAGGAGCCGUUGAGUCUUCCUCAGAUCCCUGUCGUGAGCAGCUACGAAGUAUUUUGAUUCUACUUAUAAAAGUCUUUGUCCAAAGGGAUAACGGGAGUCUCCUGUGAAUGCAGUUGUAUUGUUUGCACUUCUGAAAAAGCAGUUUGCUGAAGAUGUUUUUUUGUGGAUGCAUGUCACUGCUCCAGAGCUUGGAAGGGCCAAACCUGUUCCACUUCAGAAGGUGGACGGGUAGGCUCUCCAUGCUAGCAAGCGUCAGCUAGGUUUGGCUGAGGAUAAGGGCAGCCCCAGAGCCUCUACUUGAACCCAUUUGCUGCUGAAAAUGUCCAAGCUGUUGGUGAUGUAGAAAUAGCAAAAGUGGAGGAGCCUGCUAUUGCUAAAGGUAGCCUGAUUUCUAAAGCUAAUGUUGUUCUGGUGAAAGCUGCUCUUCAGACAGCGCCUGAAGCCCCCAGUGUUGAAGCACAGUAUGAGCAGCACCAGUGCGAGUGCUCCUCCUGUCACCACCCCUCUCCCACACCUUGACUUUGCCUGGCUGGGACCGAUUUGGUUUUGCUGAUGGUGGUUUCUUUGUGCUUUUUGCAGAAAAACACAUUUGUCUCUUGCAGUGCUAAGGGUAUUUCACAGCCAGUUUGGGGGAAGGGUGGAAGAGAUUGGAGUAGCAUGGAAAUACCCCAAAGAAGACACUUUUUGGGUUCUUCAGUAGAAGUGUGGCUGAGGGGUCUGUGGAAAGGAUGACCUUUUCUGGUGGUAAUGGUGGAAACAUCAGCUCGGUGGAUGGAUUUAACAGCAGUAAAAAAUUCUCUAAUUUCACAUGAAGGUUGAAAAUAGGGGCAUUACCUCAGGGGGAAAAUGCAGUUCAUGACAUUCAAUAAAGCCAUCUGGCAGUGGUGAUUGU